UCGCGUCCCGUCGCACCGCGCGUGCGCGCGCCGAAGGGGCGGGGCUUCCUUGGCAAGAUGGCGGCUAGCGGCCUGCGUCAGGCUGCUGCUGCUGCAGCCAGUACCUCGGUGAAGCCCAUUUUCAGUCGCGACCUGAAUGAGGCCAAGCGGAGGGUGCGCGAGCUCUACCGCGCUUGGUAUCGGGAGGUGCCGAACACCGUGCACUUAAUGCAGCUGGAUAUCACGGUGAAACAAGGACGGGAUAAAGUCCGAGAAAUGUUCAUGAAGAAUGCCCAUGUCACGGACCCCAGAGUGGUUGAUCUCCUGGUCAUUAAGGGAAAGAUGGAUCUCCAGGAAACCAUCAAAGUCUGGAAGCAACGGACACACGUUAUGCGGUUUUUCCAUGAAACAGAAACACCAAGGCCAAAGGAUUUCUUGUCUAAGUUCUAUAUUGGCCAUGACCCAUGAGGUCACCUGAUGGGAAGGUGCAUGUUAAUAUCUAAUUAUUUUAGAGUACAAAUAAACUCAUUAUUUGAUGGUUGUUUGUGAUCAAAUUGCACUGGC